AUGGAUCCUCCAGAUGUGGCUGCUGUCAGUGCUGUGCGCAUUCGCAGCCGGGGCAAUGUGCUGGCGUCAAUGGUGCUCGCGGCGGCGCCAAAGAGAAGCAUGGAUGGGCGAGCUUGGAACCUGGGAGGAAGAAAGGGCUCCAGCCAGGGGAGACUUAACAUCCCAGCAGGGCAAUUCCUUUCCCAGCCCACCGAGCUCGAGAGUUCGGAGAGUUCGAAGCCCUUUGAGCUCCAGGAGCAGGAAAGCGCCAAGAGGAGGGAACAGUCAGCCGAGUUCAAAGGAAUCCUCAAGCAUGUCAACGAGCAAGAGUUCCAGGCGAAGAAAAGCGUGCAACAAGCAGCCUUCAGUGCCAGAGGAAUCAAGAACGACAGAAGGCAUCAGAGGAAGACCGAGCGCAGUGGAAAAGGGAAGAACGGUCCUGAGCAUCAUGGAAAACAGCGCAAACCGAAUGAUGCAAAGCCCGGGACAAACAAGAGAAAGUUGAAGGACAUGGCGACUGCGAUAAAGUCCCCGGCGUGGAUCGCUGCUGCAAGGGCAAAAUUGAAGAACAGGUUGUUUUCAGCCUCAACCUUGGCAUCAAAGGAAUCCAAGAGGAGAAGGAUCCAAGAGAUCAUGGACAAUUGCAACAUCCGUUUGGGUGAAAACGGCAUCACCACCGACGAGUUGGUAACGAUCGCGGCCGUGCUGGGAGAAACGGCAAUAAAAAGUGCCGACCAGUACCUAGCAGAAGUGAAACUCAUGCAACUGGAGGCCGGGGUCUCUUGGACGGACGUGUUGGACAGGCAGUUGACCAUGGUUAAGAGAGCCUUAAAACGAGACACAGGUCCCGAAGAAAGAGCCAAGGAAUUCAACCCUGAGCUCAUGGACAAUGGAGCGUGGGAGACAAAGUUGCAGGUGAAGGGUUGGCCGACUAGAACGGCUUGGGCAUAUGGCUGGGCAGUGGUCUGGAUGCUCAGGUGCAUCGAGCUGGUCAACCUGCAAGCCGCAGACGUGGCCCUGGACUUUUCCACCAAGUUGGUCACCGUGAACAUCAGGAAGUCGAAAAUGGAUCAAGCCGCCCAUGGAGUGAAGCGAACGUUGAAGUGCUGCGGGAACCCUACGUGCACGAGGUUAUGUCCGUGGGGUUUAGCAAUCCGAGUUCUGUCGGAUCAUGCGAGCCCAUCCGAGACAACACCCCUCUUCCCCGACAAGGAUGGGACGCAAAUACAAAAGGUGAAGAUGGUAAAAUCAUGGAUGGACAACAUCAGCGAGGAGCUCACGGGCCACUCAGCCAGAAGAAGUGGAGCCAUGUGGUACGCUCGAAAGGGCUUACCCGUCCACGAGAUAGGGCUGUUGGGCAGGUGGAAAUCAUCGGCGGUCUUCAGGUACAUCGAAGAAGCAUUACAAGAGAUCCCGCUCAACACAAAUGUGAUGGCAACCACCACAGGCGCGCAGGACCGCCAAAUGAUAUGCCCGGGCACUCCUGUACCGGGGACACCAGUGGCAAAUGUGGCAAAGUUCCAAGAGGUACAGGAAGAUAAGGAACCUGCACCACAGACCAGAAAAGCAAAGAAACCGGCACCACCAGAACAAUGCUGGGCAGUUUCCACGGGGCGCAAAGGAAGAACAUCACACCGUGUCAGACGGGCCUCCUGGAACUUGAGCCUAGCAAGUUGGGAUACGUGGUGUGGGUGGCAUUUUGCUGAAAAGAACGUCAAGGUCACAUUAUCACCAAAACUCUUGGCCUCGACAUCACAAUGCAAAAGGUGCGAGGCAGCUUACCAGUCCCGCGACGGUGUCAAGGAUGAGGUGAGCUUGGCGUGUUGGUUGUUCCACGGGACCAGCUUUGAUGCUGCCGCAGAGAAUGACUUCCGCCUCGACUUAACUGGCUCCAACGCUGGCACGCUGUAUGGCAAAGGGAUCUACCUGGCGGAGAACGUGUUGUACUGUGAUGCUGAAACGCCAUCUCCAGAUGCCAUCCAGCGCAGUUGCCUGGCGAAGGAUGCCGCCUACGAUUCGGUUCUGGGUGACCGGCGCAAGAUCCAUGGAACUUUCAGAGAAUUUGUCCUGCAGGGUUUGGCACCUGAGAGCCACUGCAAUUCGAAGGAAGUUUAUCCGGAAUUUAUCGUGGUCUACGAGCGAAUCUUUUUCCAUGAGAGGUUUCAGGAUUCUUGGCUGCAGAAACAGCGUUACAGCUUAGUGGUCACCGUAUUAGGAGAUCUUCGGUCAAAUGGUGCAGAGAUGCAGGCCUUGUCGGCCUUGUCUCGUAGAACUGGAUCAGUGGUUGAUGUGGUUGCAGUGCAGCGGCUUUUUCAUGGACCCACGAUGGAUGAAGAGAAGGUCCUGAAGUCUUUGUGGGACCGCUAUGCAAUGCCACACCAGGGCCGCAUCGACAAGUGGCAACUUUUGGAUCUGUUGAAGGCCAUCAACCAACCACCUGAAGAUGAGGAGGCACAUCUUGUUGUCAAACUGAGAUUGGCAAUCAGCCAUGCCAUGGCGUUGAGCUUCGUACCAGCGGUAGCAGAUGCCCUUUCUCAUGUGCUUUUGUUUCCACUGUUUCCACAUUUCCACAUUGCUUCAGUUGGUAAUUGGAUGUAA